AUGUCUACAUCGCCCCAGACUCUCUCUGAGGCCGCUGAAAAUAUCGCGUGUGUUCUGGACGAGUAUCCCGAUGGCGGUUUGCGAGCCUGGCUGGUUGUUGCUGGGGUAGGUCUUGCUUGUCGAUGUGCAAUAAUUUUACGACGUGAGCGCCUUCUAGGAUAUGGUCCUGUCUUUCAAUCCUACUACCAAACGAAUAUAUUGAAGGACACUCCACCGUCGGACAUAGCCUGGAUCGGUUCCAUUCAGUAUUCGCUGGUGUUUUUGCCCGGCCUCCUCGCAGGUCGGCUCUUUGACUUGGGAUACUUCCACCCUCUCUUCGCCGCAUGUAGCCUACUACUAGUGGGCGCAACGCUGUUGAUAGCCGAAUGUCACGAGUAUUGGCAGCUCUUGCUGUGCCAGGGAUUCGCCGUUGGACUCGCGUGCGGAGGAAUCAUGAACCCUACAACCGCGGUGCUUUCUCAUUGGUUCAAGAAGAGGUUAAGGUUCGCCCUGGGGUUGAUGGCAGUGGGCUCGUCUCUGGGCGGGACCGUCAUACCCAUUGCAACCAGGAAUCUGUUACCUAUCGUAGGGUUCAAAUGGACCAUGAGAAUCAUGGCACUGAUUCUUCUGCUGGGCCUCGGCCUAGGUAAUCUGCUGAUGAAACGCCGUUUUCCACCUACCGACGUACACGGGGGUCUCUUCAAUUUCCGCGAAUUCAAGUCCGCGCCUUUCUCCCUUUAUUGUGUAUCUACAUUAACGUCUUUCCUCGGAAUUUACACUGUUUUGACUUAUAUCGACGUCAGUGCAGCUAAAGUCGGUGUUUCGAUAGCCAACUGUGCUUCGGGCUUUGGACGAUACUUUGCCGGGCUACUCGGAGAUAAGAUUGGAGCCAUGAACGUGAUGAUUCCAUUCACUACGGCGUCUGCCAUUAUCACCUACUCAUGGCCUUUCGCGAAGAACCAAAAUUCGCUAAUUAUCAUCGCUGUCAUCUAUGGAUUCACUUCAGGUUCCUUCGUCUCCCUCCUGUGUGCCCCCAUCAUUGAAUUCGGGGACACCGCCGAUGUGGGCCGGCGAGUGGGCAUGAUGAUGAGUAUCCUUGCUGUGGGUGCCUUGGUAGGACCGCCGAUUUCUGGUUCUAUCAAUACCGCCACUGGAGGAUUUGAGGCUGUCGGGUAUUAUGCAGGUAGGUCUUUGAUUUUUUUCUAUGAUAAUCUUCGAGCGGCUAAAUCAGUAUCAUUCUGGUCACAGGAAGCGCAAUUAUCCUCAGUGUAG